GCGCCCAAAAUCUGAAGCUCAGAGCUCCUCGCUCCUCUCUCUCCGCCAUGUUGUUCGCCGAUUCACAAGAUCCCUACGACGAUCUCGAUCUCAUAGAGGAAGAAGAAGAAGAAAUACAGUCAGCAGCUCCAACCCCGCACCAUCUAACACAACAACGCUUAUGCUGCUCACAAGGCCACAGAUCCACCUUCACUCUCCAAACAGAACAAGGCGGAGGAGGAGGAGGAGGAGGAGGUGGAGGCUCUAUCUGCCUCCACUGCUUCUCCAACCUCAUAACCAACCCUAACGCUCCCACUUUCCACGUCUCCUACGCUCUCUCCCAACUCUCCCUCGCUUUCUCUCACUCUCAUUUCCUCCCUUCUCUCCUCUCUCUCCAUCCUCACUUCCUUAUCUCCCCUCUCCUUCGCUCCCUCUCUCUCUUCAACGACGAUUCUAUCGCUCGAAGCCUCAUUUCUAUAAUCACCACUCUCUCCUCCUCCUCCUCCUCCUCCAUUUGCUCCGAGUUUGUUACCAGACUUGCUCAUCUCAUCUCCUCCUCCUCCUCCUCCUCUACUGCCUUGGCGUGGUCCACCCCCUCUCAACUCUACCUGCUUCACUGCUUUGGGAUUUUACUCUUGAACUGCGAAAGUAGCAGCAGCAAUCCUUGCCAUGUUCAUAUCAAAGACGAAGACGCUCUUCUCUCUAAUCUUGUUGCUGCUCUUCAAUUGCCAAGCAGUGAGGAAAUGAGGGGAGAGAUUCUGUUUGUUUUAUACAAACUCUGUGCUAUCAUCCGUAAGGAUGACAAGGGAGGAGCUCCUUCUCUCUUAGCGUACUGUCCUAAGCUCUUGCAUCUGCUGUUGGAGGCCCUCUUGAAGACUCACAAUGAUACUGUUCGCUUCAACUGCCUGGCGCUUUUGACACUUCUUGCUCGACAAGGGUGUUUCGAGAGCGCGUAUACAAAUGGCAUAAGCAGCAGCAAGAGUUGGGAUGAAGGAGCUGAUCAUUUGAUAAAUGUCUUGUUUGCAGAGUCUGUUAAAGGACCUUUGCUUUCAUCAGAUACCCAAAUUCAGAUCAGCACUCUACAUCUCAUCUUUCACUAUCUGUGUUGUGUUUCUCCUGAACAGAUUCAACUUUUGGUGGACGAAAACAUUGCGGACUAUGUUUUUGAAAUAAUAAGGCUGUCAGAAUGUAAAGAACCAGUUGUCAACUCUUGCCUUAUGGUUCUUAAUCUUUUGUCAACUGCUGAGAAAGGCUUCACAGAAAGGCUUGUUGUUGGAUUCUCAACUUUGGUUCCAGUACUGCGUUAUGUUGCUGAAGUUCCUUUUCAUCCUGUUCAACAUCAGACACUGACACUCGUGUGGAAAGGCAUUUCUGACAGCCCCGGAAUAGUGUCGGUUUCCCAAAUUGAGGAACUAGUUAUUGUUCUGGCAAGGAUGUUUAGGUGCCAUAACGAUGGGGAAAUGGGUAUGCCUGCAGAGACAUUCAUAACGGCAUGCUCAAUUUUUGUAGCUCUUCUGAAUUCCCCAUCUUUCAUCGGGACUUCGAAUCUGGUAACAUCACUUCAAGAAACAAUAACCCAUGCUAUUGUAGCUUGUCUAAAUAUCUCCGAGAAAGAUCCCAAUCAGUUUUUGCAUGCUUUAUACCUGCUUAAAGAGGCAUAUGCCUAUAGCCCUGAAUCCAUGAAUGACUCCAGCAUCAUAGAACUGCGAAGCUGUGUUGUAGAUAUAUGCAAGUCACAUUUAUUACCUUGGAUUUUAAUGGCUAUUAAUGAAGUGGAUGAGGACAUCGCCCUGGGGAUAUUGGAAACAUUUCAUUUCAUACUGCUACAGAAUUCUGAUGUGCAAGCCCCACAAUUUGCAGAGAUACUGGUUUCAUCCUCUUGGUUCAGUUUUUCAUUUGGAUGUCUAGGAUUAUUCCCGACAGAGAAGAUGAAAUGGAGAGUAUAUCUAAUGCUUAGUUCACUUGUGGAGAUUCUCCUGGAAAAUGAUGCUGGGCAACCGAUUAGAGAAGUCGCUUCAAACCUUCCUACUGACCCAAUUGAUUUGCUUCUUCUUCUUGGGCAGAAGAGCUCCAAAAAUACAUUCCUGGACUCAUGUCAAUGUGCAGUUUUGCUGAUUUUGCAUACCAGCUCUUUAUAUGAUGACAGGCUUGCAGAUGAGAAGUCCAUGUUAGCUUCUCUGGAACAGUACAUUCUCGUCAACAGCAGUGAUUUAUUAUGUGGGGUCGUAGAUCCAUUGAAAAUGACACAAUUGAUAAAUCUUUAUGGUCUAUCUCGUGCUGCUGCCAAGAUGAACCACCAAAUUCCCUACAGUCCUGAAGCAGAGAGGAUCUUGUUUCAUCUACUGAAUGAAACUGAAUGGGAUUUGCCUUCUUCAAGAAUUCACUUGGAGUCACUGAAAUGGUUGUUUCAACAAGAGAAGAUCAGCAAGCCAUUGUCCAACCAAAUACUUAAAUUCUGCCGAAGCAAUAGCUCAAACAGAACCCAGAUCAUUAUCCACGGGGAAAAUAAUCAAAUUAUGAACUUGCAAGUGAUUUCAGAGAUGGCAUCAUCAGCAGAUAAUCAUGUAGCAAGACUUUCCGUAUGUUUGCUGAUUCAGCUUGCAGAGGAGGAAAGCCAGGAGCAUGACAUUAUAUCAUUAGUAAAAUUCUUGGCAAUGAUCACUAACAUCUUCCCAUCCGCAUCGGACCAACUAUGUUUGCAUGGCAUAGGCCAUGCUAUUAGAACUCUUUAUCACAAUUCAAGUUGUGGUUCUUCCCCAGAGGCAUCCAUGGCCAUGACAUAUUUGAUGUUCAAUAUUCUACAAUCAGUGCAUCCUGAAGCACUGUGCAAUGAUGAAGCUUGGCUUGCAGUGACUGUGAAGUUGAUGGGCAGCCUGAUCCCUGCACAGAGCGUGAAAUGGUGGCCUGAUGAAGGUUUACGAGUAGUCGCCAUGUUUUGCUUGAUUUUGCAUCAAUCCACCAACAAAGUGCUUGUAGAAGCUUCAAAAACUAUAUUUUUCAGUACUUCUCUGGCUUCUACAAUCAACAGCAUGAUCCAUGCAGCCUGUUCAAAAGGGCCUUCUUUGCUUGAUUGUGAUGAGGAAACAAGCACCGGAGAAAAUCUGAUGUUCGCACUUUUACUUUUCUAUUUUUCUUUAAGAAGUAUACACACUGUUGUCCCUGGGACUGUGGACUGGCAAAAUUUUCUCAAUCCUUCAAAUAGGAUGCAGCCUAUUUCCAUGGUCAGCAUCCACUGCCAUGACUUGUGCAGGCUGCUGCAUUUUGGGUCUCCUCCAGUCAAGCUUGUAGCUUCAUAUUGCCUGUUGGAGCUCAUCACAAGAUUAUCAGAACAAAGAAACACAAGUCAUGAAGAACUAAAAAGUUCCGUGGCUUAUUUGACGUCCAUUAUGGUGAUAUUAAAAGGACUUGUAUUUUACAGUGACAUCAGAGUGUCUACGAACUGCAGCCUCUGCCUAUCAAUGAUUUUGGGAUGGGAAAAGCUGGACAUGACAGGGGCAAGAGUAAUUGCAAAGAAUACUUGGUGGAGGCUGAUUGUAGAAGAGAUGGCAAUAUCUUUGGCUGCUCCAUCGUUAGCUUCCAAAUCUUUCAGUAAUCAUCACAAACCUGCUGUGCAUGUAGCUGUUGCAUUGCUAAAGCUUCAGAAAUCUCCUGAGUGGAUGAGAACCGUGUUUGAUGAUCCCUGCAUUUCUGGGAUCAUUAAAAACCUUGAAGCCAGUAAUAUUAGCUCUGAGAUGGUGCUUUUAUUUCGAGAGCUACUAAACUCCAUGUUCUUAAAGGAUGAGCAGAUUGCUUGUUUAAAUCGGAUACUUCAGGAAUGCAGGAAACGUCUAUAUACUGAAGAUUGUCAAAAUGACUGCACAGAUGAAAAGAUAGAGAAGAGGACUAUCACAACAGAUGAUUUGGGUGAAGUUUGCGAGUAUCUGAUUCACGUGAUGUCAUCUGCAAAGUCUCUAGAUGUGGAUUGUGGAGAUCUACAAACUUCCAAGAGAUUGUUAGAAGAGAUAGAAUUGUUUUUCAAAACUUCCAGUAAAGAGGGCGAUAGAUAAUGAACUGACAGCAACAGUACUUGCAUCAAGUCUUCAGGUACUCUUACCUAAUUCACCAAUGCAUAGAAAAACUGAAUAUAGGAAGCUUACAUAAUUUUGUUACAUAUGAACAAGUAAAAUGGAAGCAUUUAUAUAGCUAUAUCUAACUGACCUGCUUAGAGCAUUGUAUAGCAAGCUCCUAUCCUGCAUCUUGAAUGAAAUUGCAGGGUAUAAAUUUUAUAAAUAUGCUUGCUUUUACCAACAAA